UACAUACAGUGUGCAGUUAAUCACGACGACGACGACAAAGAACGUAAACAGGAAGAUAGGAAAGGCACACAGUGGUUAUUGCGUGUUAUUGUCUUAAUAUUUUAUUUUGUGACUGAGGAUAUUUCUUCAGACCUGCAAAAUCAGUCAAAAUGGGGAAGCGACAGCACCAGAAAGACAAAAUGUACAUCACAUGUACAGAGUACACGAACUUUUAUGGAGGGAAACGAGCAGAGAUCCCACAAGGAAACUUCAGACGGCUUCCCUUCGACCACUGCAGCUUGUCCCUUCAGCCAUUUGAGUAUCCUGUCUGCACUGAGGAGGGAGUCGUCUUUGACCUGCUGAGCAUUGUUCCGUGGAUUAAGAAGUAUGGUACAAACCCGAUCUCUGGAGAGAAACUGGAAGCAAAGUCCCUCAUCAAACUUAACUUAGCCAAGAACAAUGAUGGAAAGUAUCACUGCCCUGUUCUGUACAACGUCUUCACAAAUAAUUCUCACAUUGUUGCCAACAAGGUCACCGGGAAUGUGUUUUCUUAUGAGGCAGUUGAGCAGUUAAACAUUAAGACCAAAAGUUUUAAAGAUCUGCUCACAGAUGAACCCUUCACAAGAAAAGAUAUUAUAACUCUUCAGGACCCCACAAACCUGGAUAAGUUCAACGUCUCCAACUUUUUCCAUGUCAAGAACGACCUGAAAGUGUUGGACCCAGAUGAGGAAAAGGCUAAGCAGGACCCAGCAUACCAUCUGAAGACCACCAAUCUGGAGACGAGGGAGACUUUAGCGGAGCUUUAUAAAGAAUACAAAGGGGAUGAACUUCUGGCUUCCACCAUGAAGGAGCCGCAGGCCAAGAAGACGGACAAAUUAAAUGCUGCUCAUUACUCCACAGGAAGAGUUUCUGCCUCGUUCACAUCCACGGCUAUGACUCCUGCCACAACACACGAAGCAGACGCUAUUGCAGACGACACUGUGCGUUACCAGUAUGUGAAGAAAAAGGGAUACGUACGCCUGCAUACAAACAAGGGAGACCUGAAUCUUGAGUUGCACUGUGAUAAGGUUCCCAAAGCGGGCGAGAAUUUCGUCCGUCUGUGCAAAAAGGGCUACUACGAUGGAACGAUCUUCCACAGGUCCAUCCGGAAUUUCAUGAUUCAAGGAGGAGACCCGACUGGCACAGGCACAGGAGGUGAAUCCUUCUGGGGAAAACCUUUCAAGGAUGAGUUUCGCCCCAACCUAUCCCAUACCGGUCGGGGGAUUCUCAGCAUGGCAAACUCUGGUCCAAACACCAACAAAUCUCAGUUCUUCAUCACAUUUCGAUCGUGCACCUACCUCGACAGGAAGCACUCAGUAUUUGGAAGGGUGGUCGGUGGAUUUGAGACUCUCACAGCCAUGGAGAACGUGGAGAGCGAUGCCAAAACAGACAAACCAAAGUCGGAGAUCAAGAUCAUAAGCACGACAGUGUUCGUGGACCCGUAUGAAGAAGCUGAUGCACAGAUUGCCGCGGAGCGAGAAAAGGAGCUACAGAAGCAGGAGGAGGAGAAACAGCAGGCCAACAUCGCCCUGAAGAAAGCCAAGGAGGAGCAGGCGCCAAAAACCUUCAAAGCAGGUGUUGGAAAAUACAUCAACCCUGCCACAAUAAAACGUUCAGUUGCUGAAGAUGAAAGCGGUCCGUCCACCAGCGGCACGGCAGCCAAGAAGUCCAAAGGCAAAACCAGCUUUGGAGACUUCAGCUCCUGGUAGCACUGACACAUUCUCAAUUUACCAGAUUGUAUCUUUACUGGUCAGAAUGGCAACCAGCAGAAUUACUUUUAUUCUUUUUUUUUGUGUAAUGUUUUUCUUCUCUCAGUAGCAUCGGCUUUUUGACAACUAUCAAUUAAAGCUCCUUUUCAUAAAGACUGUUUUCUUCAUUAUUAAAGAUAAUCUUAUCGGUAUUUGGAUUAAAUAUCUCACUGAUGUUUCGUCCUGGAUGGUUUAAUAAGUGUUGCUAUGCUACUACAGUUAGCUGCUUGCUAGCAACACUGGCAUAAUUAAUUUACAGUGUCUCUAGUAAACAAAAGCUAUAUGUUUAUGGGUUCAGCGGCUAGUUUCACAUCUUUAUAGAACAUGCAAGGUCUCUUAAACAGAUCCACCUCUCGUUUGAGUGAUGCCUCAUUAAACAAGGAGGACUUUACGGCGGCUACGUUCAUCUUUUAUGUACAGUCUAUGCACACAUCGUGCAGCACUGGGGUUAAAGGCUGUUUGAAUCAGAUACAAAAUUCAGAUAUAAAACCCAAAAUCGAUGAGUCUGUGCAGACAUCUCCGCUGAGGCUUCUGCAUGGCACAGAUGAUGAAGUGUAUUUAACACGUUUUCAAACCCGACAGUCAGAUAGCCUCCUGUGAGCAGCACCCAGUGAUAGUGGGGAGGAAGAAGUCACGUUUACCAGCCUACGAAAUGUAACUAAAGCAUGGUUCAGCUCAGGACUGAUGGUGGAUAUGCAGGUGGCUCAUAGAGCAGUGCUCGAGAAGCAGUGUGGAAAAGUCUUUGACCUAAUCUUGCAGCAUCUAGAGCAGGGGUGGGGGCGAGGGCCGGGCUCCUGCAGGUCUUAGAUGUGUCCUUGAUCCAUCACAGCUGAUUUAAAUGGUUAAAUUACCUCAUCAACAUGCCUUGAAGUUCUCCAGAGGCCUGGUAAUGAACUCAUCAUUGGAUUCAGGUGACCCAGGGUGGGAUCUAAAACCUGCAGGACACCGGCCCCUGGGGCCUGGAGUUCCCACCCUGAUCUCGAGCGAUGAGCCUCAAAGCUCACUGUACUCGAAAGAAAAAAGCUCUUGUGUGGGUUUUUUUUUUCAUGUUUUCUGAAUUUCAUAGUUCAUAAAGUUAAUAUUUUCUAACAAGAAAAAAGGAUGGUCCGGUGAUUUUUGAGCACUGGGAAGUGCUUCUCUUCACCUCACAAACUCAAUAGUUUGAUAUUUUCUCAUUCUGGUUGAAAUCACCUCGAAAUAAUUUUUUCAACAGAGCUUCAGGGUUAGAAUCUUUUAUUUUUUUAUUUUACUUUGACAAAAACCUUAUUAUUCACUGCUCUCAUUCAACAGCACCAAGAAAAUGUAUGAAAAAAUAUGUGAAAAUACUUUCAGUUCUUGAGUUUUCAUUGAACAACACUGAAGGAAACCUCGUUUGUUCUCGUGUUUAUAGUUUCGUCUGUAUUGAUUCAUUGUUUUCAUGCAUUUGAAAUAAAUGUUCAGAGAGGG